AUGCCGUUUAGUGUAGUCGUCGUGAUGGUCCGUUAUAUCUACGAGUCGGGUUCGCCCGACAUGACUCCCGUUGCCAACACGGUUGCCGAUUAUGUGGACACGAUAGCCCAUCGACACUCCUUUUGGAGUCGAAGCAUUGGGGGCCUUACUGAGUUCAUACUCACCAUUCUUGUAUGGAGUAUUGUGCAAUGUCAACACAUCAGAAGGCUUCAAACCUUUAAAAGACGUCACGCUUCCCAAGAUCAGCCUCAAGACGGGCGAAAUCACAGGCCUACUCGGCGGGACCCCUCCGCGCAAAAGGACAAUUUUGGCCUUCUUCGCGGGUGGUCUCCAUGGCCAUAUCUGGCACCUCCUUUUAAACCAUUGGAAGGACAAAAACGACCCCGACGUGCAAGUCUCGAAAAGCUUCCUAACGAGGUUUCGUACGAGAGCAUGCUUAGAAAUAGCAAAUUUCAGAAGAGUCUAGGUUGA